UUUGCAUAUUUGUCCUCGCCUUAUCCAAGAUGGCGACUAUACUGAAUCCAGACGGACAGCAUGUUUUGAUGACUUGUUCUUGCCAUGCUCUUUCGCCGCUAACACGAUUGUAUUUUUGUCGGCAUUGUAUCAAACUGCGAUGUCAGCUCUGUGUGUCUCACGAGGUCGAUUCAUACUACUGUCCGAACUGUCUAGAAAAUAUGCCAUCUGCUGAAGCAAAAUUGAAAAGAAACAGAUGUGCCAAUUGCUUUGACUGCCCAAGCUGUGGUAACACCUUGUCAACACGUGCAACCGCUGUUGCUGUCCAGUCUGAUGACGCCAAGACAACCCAGGCCAAAAAGGUGUAUUACUUGGCAUGUGCAUUCUGUAGAUGGUCUUCAAGAGAUGUGGGAAUUCCAGACAGAAGUGUUGCUAGUGGAGGGUGGCAGGAACAGGACAAUCCCGUCACAAAGCGCAUUGGCACUCUAGUUGACUAUUACAGGCAACUGGCACACAAUGAGAAAAUAGAGCAGGAGAGAAAGAAGUUAUCCAAGCGACGAUCGUACAUGCAUUUUGCUUUUGCACCUAAGAAAAAGGACCGAAUUGGCCUUUCUACACUAACAAGGAGAAAAAGCAGCUUGUCGUACUUGACCACAGGGCUGUCUGCAAAAGGUCAAGAGAUGACGGAGGAGGAGGCUGAGCUCAAGGAGCCGAGUGUAGCGACAGAAGACGUAGACACUUUACCAGAAGAGUACUACACAAAACCCCUUGUGCUCGAGAGAGUCCCUCGCAUUUCCCAACGGCUUGCAAACCCCGAGUUCCAGCCAGGAGACAUCAGCUCUCUGUAUCCUAGACACAAGCAUUUGUUGGCCAAGAGAUCUCAGAGAUGUAGGGAAUGUGAACAUAAUUUAAGCAAACCAGAAUUUAAUCCCUCAUCAAUCAAAUUCAAGAUCCAACUGGGAGCCCUGCAUUACGUUCCAAGACUACGUAUUGCUGGCGUGGGUAGCUUGGAAUGUGAUAAGGAAGGCCAGGUGACCCUAACUCUAACCAACCCUGUGGAAAAUAUUGUCAAGGUUUCACUUCUGCCAUACAUUGAGAACACCGCCGAAAAACAGAGCAAAGACAGCUCCGAAGAGGAUUCCGCCAAAGACAAAAAUGAUAGUGUAACAAAUGGGGAUGUCAACAAAGAAGAUGAUAAAGACAAAGAGAACCAAGAUGUCUCUAAGGAAAACGUAAAUGAUAAAGCAGAUGAUGGAAAGGAAGAUGGUAUGGGUACGAUAGCAGAGUUAGACAAGAAAGGGGAGAAAGAAGAUGGCAUGAAGAUGCAAGAGAACAAGCUGAGGUUGUUUAAGAAGGCAGAGAGACAAGUGGAUAAUCGGUGUGACAGCAAGGCAUUCUGCCCCACAGCAGAGGUGGUGUUGCCUACCUUCCCUUUAGCCCUUGCGGCACGGGAUGAAGCGGCUGAAUAUGAUGAAGCUGAUGUGAACGCCGAGAUGUUUAGUGAUGACCCCAGGGUGGUUGCUGAUAGACAGUCCAAUAAGCUGUGGUUCUAUGUCAAGUUGACACCUAAACAACCAACAGGGGAUGUAAAGUUUUCAAUGGUUAUGCAGUAUGACUACAAGCACACGCUGACUGCCCUAGUGAAAGGUGGCCAGGAGCCAGAAGAGCGAAUUGACACCUUGCGUCACAUUAUCCAUAUUAAUCUUGGGCCCAUAGAGGGGGCAACAGCCGUCUGACUCCGGUCACAGGGGUCCCAUAAAUCUGGAAUCGAUACAUAUCAUCCAUGCCACAGGAAUCCUACAAAUCUGGGAAAGGUUUUUGGCA